CAUCAAAGUAAGGAGUCCAUCAUUUAUUCGUGGUUUGCGGUCGAUACUGGGGUCUUACCGUCGUCCACCUGCCGUAUAAAUGUAGGCAAUUCUCUUCCGUUCUUUCUCUUGGCCUCCCUCUCUCUAUUCGUUUCUGCUCUAUCCUCGUACACCAAAAGUCUUCACUAUGGCUAGCUUUGAUUGUCGACGCAACAUAUGCCCUCAUCUUAUCGCUAGCCUAUUUACCGUUCUCUUUGAAUCACGUAGGCCAUCACACUUACCGAAAGCUAUCACCUUGUCUGCAUUUCUAUAUUACUCCGCCUCUCUUCUCGAUUUCUUCCUGGAGCAUCAGCCGCUCUACUCUAGCCUUGGCUGAAGCUCUCGGUUUACUUCGUUUACUUCUUCAGAGUGACAAGACAGACUCUCCAAUACUCCUACAUAUCACCACGACACCAUACCUUCCAGCCGACAUUGUAUCACAAUGAACCCUCCUCAGGCCACGGACUCACACACGGGAGAACACUCCAAGAAGUCUACCGGCCACCGGCCCCGUAUCAAAACUUCGCUUUGUCGUAGCCGUUCUCGCGUCGGUAUUUCACAGCCUACCCUUCAUAUGUCAUCGGGCCACGACCCCUCGAAUUCGUCCUCGGAUGGGGGUGUUCAAGGUGACAUUUCUGUCAAGAUGCCCAUGGAGCACUUCUUGGACCAACAUGAAGACCCUCAUGUCAGAUUCGUCUUCACAACUACAACAUGUGAUGCCCAUACAUCAAAGUACUUCCACAUCGUUGACCCGAGGACAGGUCCCGGUACGGCAUACACAAACACACAUACUUCGAUGCUGGCUUCACAAGGUCCCGGGCUUUACACCCAGUCAUCUCUUCCAGCCACAGCUAGUGGCAAUGCCUACUAUGUGCGCCAGUAUCAGGACUACGACAUCAUUGGACAAGGCGCUCAGUUCGACCGAGUUGUUUAAACUAUCAAACUUUGGAAAUAUAAAUCCUGACUGAUACUGAGG